GGUCAACCGCCAUAUUGGGUGAGUUUUGCGUAAACUUUGCGGAUAUAUCAGCUAUGUGGGGUUCUUCAUGAUUGCAGCUAAUUAGACGAUAGAAAUAGUGAACCAAGAUGGCGACGUGGUCGUUGCUCAGCCUUGGGGUGGUGCUGCUAAUGGUUUCUUUAGCACUUGCAGCUGUUACCACUCCUCCCCAAAUUCUUUCUCAGCCUGAACAGCUGAUGCCGUACAAAUUAAGAGAGAGUAUAGAGCUACCCUGUGAUGCUAGGGGUACACCAAGGCCAAAAUUCAAUUGGGAAAGAGAGGAGCUUAGUCUUGAUGUAAGCGGCAAUGAUAACCGUUUCACCCAGCAGCCGAAUAAGGGUACUAUUGUCAUUAAUGACCCCCUGAAGAAAGAUGAGGGUGGCUAUCAAUGCUUUGCAAGGAACGACUUUGGAGUCGCGGUUUCUCAGAUUGUUAUUCUGAAGAGUGCAUUGCUUGACUCCUUUGAGUCUGUCAUAAAACCUUAUGGACAUGUCAUCAAAAUCGGUAACCCAGUCACGCUAACUUGUACUCCACCGACAAGUUUCCCUCCUCCAUCACUCUACUGGACUGUCGUGUACCCAGAUGGUUUCUCCAAGCAGCUCCCUCUGAGUAAUAGGAUUACCAUGGACCCUUACGGAAAUCUUCAUUUUACUAAUGUCAUAAAAAGUGAUCAAGAUGGUGGCACCGGUACAGGACAACCUGUCAUUUACCAGUGUACUGCCAAUAACAAGGUCGAAAGGAGAGAGGUGAAGGGAGGUGAUCAGACCAUCAAUGUCAUUGGUGAUACAACCACAUCUCGGCCCCCAGAGCUUUUGUGGAAUACCCCCGAAACCAAACCCGUUGCUGUCAAAGGAACGAAAUAUAUCCUCAAGUGUAUCUUCAGUGGAGAACCAACUCCAAAGGUGACCUGGGCAAGGAAGGACAAGGGUGCAAUGGGCCAGGCUCCCCGAGUGUACACAGACAGUUAUGGUCAAGAACUUGUGUUUGGAGAGGUUGACUUCUCAGAUGCCGGCCAGUAUGAGUGUGAGGGCAAGAACGAUCUUUCUGCUAAUCCUGUCACAAAACCAUUCAAACUGGAAGUAGAAUCGAAACCAUUGAUGACACAGACACUGGAGAAUAUUGAGCGUGCUGAGAAUGAGACUGCGACUUUUCAUUGUGCCGCUGACGGAUUUCCAGUUCCAGAUAUCGAUUGGUUUAUCAAUGGUGUCGAGAUCACAAAGGCUCCAAAUCCCAAGCGUACAAAGCUAGACAAGAAUACGCUCCAUUUCGUUAACCUCACCACAGCUGAUGCGCAGGUGAUCCAGUGCAAUGCCAGUAACAUACACGGCUAUGUCUUCAUGAAUGCCUACCUCAACGUUUUGGCCAUCCCGCCAGAAUUCAAACAACCGCCAGCAAAACGAAUACGCUUCGCUGAAGGCACUCGGCAAAACAUCACAUGUACAACGUAUGCUGCUCCAAAGGCUCAAAUCACAUGGAUUAAAGAUGGCCGUCAUUUGACCGGUGGACGCUAUAAAGUUCACACCGAUGGUAACUUGGAGGUCUUGGGUGUCAAGUCAAACGAUGCAGGAGAAUAUGAAUGCAUUGCAAAGAAUAAAUUUGGGACAAUAUCAGCAAAGGGCUAUGUCAUAGUCCGUCAACAGACAAGAAUAGUGUCGUCACCGCAGGACAUGAUCAUAAAUGCUGGAGAUGAAGCCAAACUUGUCUGUACUGCCACCACCGAUCCAGAGGAGCUGGAGAACUUAAAGAUAAAGUGGCUGCGUGAUGGGGCUACUAUAAACUAUGCUCUCGCUCAAAGAAUCUUCCAGAACUCUUUGGAUAAUUCAUUGACGAUCACCAAUGCACAAAAAACCGAUACUGCAGUGUAUUCGUGUGUUGCUGAGUCAAGUCUAGAUAAAGCGGAAGCAACUGCUUUCAUAACAGUCAGAGAUCGUCCGAAUGCUCCGGUGAAGGUUCAAGUCAACUGUGCCUUGAAAAAGAGUGAACGAAUUGCCAUUAUAACUUUUACACCAAACGGUGCCAACUACGCCCCAUUCCUCCAGUUUAUCGUCCAGUACAAUACGACCUUCACCCCUGAUGUUUGGUCAACUGCUGUCAAGACCGGCGAGAAUAGCAAGCGUGUGGAGUUUCAGAUGUCACCCUGGGCGACUUAUUCCUUCCGCGUUCUUGCCAGGAACCGUUUAGGUCUCAGCGAACCGAGUGCCCCGAGCAAGGAGCAAUGUCAGACGCAGCAAGGUGUGCCAUCCACUAACCCGCAGAAUGUGGAGGUGGAAGGAACAACACCGACCAACUUGGUGAUCAGAUGGACACCCAUGCCAGAGGUCGAAUUCAACGCGCCAGGUUUUGUUUACAAACUGGAGUGGAAAUGUCAGAACGUGGAAUGCAUGAAAAAUGACAAGUAUGACGGCAAGGCAACGAUUGCAGAAACAUGGCGGAAAGAGCAUAUUGUUAAUGACCAGUUGACGUACAUGGAAUAUAAGGUGACGGUCACUUGUGAGAAUGAAGAGGGUGAAUCCAAAGAAACUGCUGUUCCUGUGAUUGGCUACUCAGGAGAGGGAAUCCCUGCUGAUAGGCCAGAGAGCUUCGUGGUCGAUCAGCAAUCCGUUGGAGCAACCAGUGCAACCCUGCAAUGGCAAGCAGUUAGAAAUGAUACCAAACUCAUAAAGGGGUACUUUGUCGGAUACCUGAUUCAGUACUGGAAGGUCUCCGAGGGUGCUGUCAGAAUGCGACAGACAGUCGUGGAUGUUAAUCUGCCAGAGAAAACGUCAAAGCGCAAGAAACGUGCUGCAACGCUCGUGAGCAGCAGUGCAGAUACGGUUGCUGCCAGGGUGACUGAUUUGCCGGCAUAUACUGAGGUUGAAAUGCAGGUUUCUGUUUUGAACCGAAAGUACCAGGGUCAACCUAGCGCGAGAAUUAAGUUCACGACAAAACAAGGUGUUCCUGGACCGGUUGCCCAAUUCAUUAUUUUCCGACGUAACUCCAACAUGCUUGAAUUCAUAUGGGAUCCACCCCACCAGCCGAAUGGUAUCAUCACAGGCUAUGACUUGGCAUAUAGAGCAGUGAAUGUUCUUGAUCUUGGUGACCGUACUUGGCGUGAACCGGUCAAUGAUCCAAAUCAGCGCCGUGCCAAUAUCUCCGGUCUCCGCCCCGAGCAGAUGUAUCGUGUCUACAUCUAUGCAAAGACUCUGAACGGACGCGGUGAUGAGAACUUUGUAGAUGCACAGACAACUGCUGCUCAACCGCCGUCCCCACCAACAUUCAUCAUCCCGGAAGUGAACGCAACAAGUAUGAUUGUGACUUGGGAAGCAUCGAAAUCUGGAAACCCGGGCAGUGUCUUCUAUGUUCAAUACAGGAUGGAGGGCAAAUUCCCAUGGGAAACGACAUCGGUGGAGACAGUCAAUAACUACAUUAAUGUGACGGGCAUGAGUCCUGGCAAUGUCUACGAGGUACGAGUUGUAUCCAGGAAUGGUCAGAACCAGGAAGCAGCUAGUGGGUCGCAGUACGUCAGAACUAAAGGAUACUCUGCAUCGACGGCGAGCAUAGCUCUAGAGCCGUGGUUCAUCCUCAUGUUAAUCAGCGUGCUCAUUCUGAUCAUCCUCUUCAUCGUCAUCUGGUGCAUGAAGAAGAAGGUCAAACCUCGCUAUCCUGACCCUGCAGAAGUUGCGGAAGAACGUGAAAAGGAGCACCUUCGUCAGGACAUCCAAGGGCGCGAGCCACAUCGCCCAUACCGUGACGACCCCCGUUACCAUCAUCGCGAGUAUGUCUCCAACCCUGCUUACAAUAAGAGUCAAGACAGCCUGCACAAGGAGCCCAUCCCUUACGAUGAUGAGCCCUAUCAGCCUCCCCGCCGCCACGGUCCGUAUGGUCAUACCAAUGAGGCUAUGGGUCCUCACAGUGAGCGGUAUUCGACUGAGACUGAACCAAUGCAGCCCUACCAUGAGGAUGGAUCUUACACUGGAGAGUAUAGGGAUGAUGGCAAACAUGGAUAUCCUGCUGCAUAUGUGCAGGGACCUCCCGAUUCAUCUACUUUUGUCUAAGCUGAACAUUGACUCGGUAACAAAACAAUGGCUGAGAAAGAUUGUUACAUCUGUCAUGCGAUUGUUUAACAAAUUUUGUCAAUGUUCCCCUUCAUUUAUUGAAUUCCAUCCGAUGAACAAUUUUCAUCCAAGGGUAAAUUUGUGGUUGCCGCAUUCUGUUUUGCUAAUGUUAUUCUGCAUAGAUUUGGACUGUUGUGCAGUUAAAACCUUCAUUCACCGUAAUAAGCUCCCAGUGAAAUCUUUGCAGUGUCUGGAUUUCAGCAUGCUAAUCCUUCAAAAACAGGAGAUAAUUCCACCAUACAUUCGAAAUGUGGCAGCUUAAUGACUAGGUUCCAGCUUGGCUUUUCAAAUCGAGAAAGAAAUUUGUUGAAUGUCCAUGAACCUCCGUCCUGUGAACCCUCUUUCGGUAAUGAUUGUUCCAGUUUUAAAAACAGUUAAAAUUGCAGCUGGAAGGUAGAAUGGCAGUAUGCAAUAAAUGUACUUGUCAUUGCUAGAGCCUCACUUUUUACAUGUAUUAUGGCCUUGACUUAUAUCCCAAUUUGAAGUGAAGACAUUGUUGCAGAAAGCACAAUAGGAUUUUACAACAUAAAAGCUUGGGACUUAAGGAUUCUGUAAAAUACAACAAUUUUGCAGUUUACAGUAGUUUAUUGCCUGUGUUUUAUGUACAUUCCAGAGUUAUAUUUUUCUGGUAAAUUCGUCCAAGUGUAUCAUAGCAUCUUGUGGAUUUAUAGGCUCUAGGUGAGUCAGUUAUAUAUCAAUGUAUUUUAUAACUUUUAUAUGUAUAUUCUCGAGGACCUCUUCGGUUCAGCUAUUUUCACAUAUCAUAUGAAUUCAUCUGUAAACUAUUCUUAGAUUUUUGAUGUAAGAACUUGACAAAUGUGUCAAUUGAUUUUAGUUUGUUACGUGAAGCAAUCUGGAGAAGUAGUUUGUCUAGUUUGUCUCCCAGGCUUGAUCCUGGGUGUGUUGAUGGCAAUGUCUCGAAUGAGUGUCGUGGCCCAAUUACUUCACAGCUUCAGCCGAGACAGUACGUAGCAUAGUAUUGGGGGUCUUCUUUGGGACAGGUUCUACUCAACUAAACCAGUGUGUGCUAGAAAAUUAUCUGCUUAAAGAGUCUUGUAAUGUACAGAAUGACUUUAUUAUUAAUUCUACAUGUAAACAUUUCUGGACUACUUAAAAAUUGCCUUUGUGGCAGGGUAACAAGCAUGAUUACUCUCGUCCAUAAUUCAUUUAUCCCCAGGCUUUGAUAACAAGUAAAUUCAACUGUGAGAUACAUGUAUCUUGAUAAAAAGUGUUAAUGUUUUCGGCAAAGUUUAUUGUUCAAUUGGACACAAAAGGUACCUUCUGUUGUCAGGCUCUUCUUGGGUUAAAACUUUGAUGUUUAUUCUAUUACAUAAUGAAGUACUCCUCAGUAACUGCCAGAGACACAUUUAAAAGAUGCCUAAGUGUCAAGGCAAUUUUAUAGUUGUCCAAAUCUGCUUCAUCAUUAUUUUGUAGUUGGUCUAUUGCAUAUAAUGCGAAUAGCUAUACUGGCCAUAUCUGUAAAUUCGUUAGGAAAGCCAAAUAAUGAUUUGAUUAACUUGUGAUCACAUUGUAUAAAGAUUAAUUUGUAUAUCAGAAAAAUUGUACAUUUCAAUUAUGAUUUCUAAAACACCUUAAUUGCUGUGUUGUGUCGUUUUCUAUAUAUUUUUAGUUGGGCCUUGUUUUCACUGCAGUUGUUUCGGUGUCACAACCAUAACCGCUUGGGUUGGUAACAUUUGUGGAAGCUGUCAAAAAGUGGCUAAAAUUACAUUCCAUUGUUUAAGUUGAGGUGUUUUAGAAUAGAGAUUGAUACCUCACUGUUUGUAUUAGUUGUCUCACAAAAAGCUGAUCGGGUGGAGCUGCCAUCUCCUCCGAACCUCGGCAAAGCACCUCAGUUUUUGCCAAUAUUUUAGCCGCACCCUUGUUGUGUUUAGUAAGACAACCUACAUGUAUACAUCCAGUUUGCUACCAAUUCCUUUAAUAAAUGGCAUAGUUUAAAUGCUUUUGCUUAUAUAAAAUGCUUUAGGGAUGUAGUUUUGUAAUCCCACAGAACGUUUGGUUAACAUUCAAGGGUUUGUAAUGUAAAAUUGUAACUAUUUGGUUGAUCUCUGUACAGCGGAAUCCUGCUAUAACGAACUGGAUGAGAGCCGAUUUUUUUUCUUAUUAAAUCCAGGUUUCAAUCAGUACUGAAUUAUUACGGAUUGUGAAUCAUACAUUGUAAUUGGAAGCGGAUUUUUGGCUCACCGUAGGGGAGUCUAUACAAUACCGCAGUGUCCGUCGUCCGUCGUCGUCGUCGUCGUCGUCGUCGUCGUCGUCGUCGUCGUCGUCCGUCGUAUCCUAGUUCAAAAACAGUGGCACGUUUCUUAACCCCUAGGCCUAUGAACUUAAAACUUUGUACACAUGACCCCCUAGGUCAGAUGACCCGUGACACUAAAUUUCUGUCCGAUCUGAUUCUCUACUUGGCCACCAGGGGGCCAAAUGUGGAUAUCUAAAAAGUGUGAUAUCUCGCUUAUUAGUGACUUGUUUUCGAUGAAACUUUUGUUGUAGGUACUCAUAGCAAAUAUACAUCUUAUAUCAUACGGGUUUUUAAUUUGACCUACUUUUCAAGGUCACAGAGGUCAUAUGGCGUAAAUUGGCCGUUAGAGUGUAAACUAUGGCACGUUUCUUAACCAAUAAAGCUAUGAACUUGAAACUUGGUACAUAUAACCCCCUAUAUCACAUAGCCUCUGGUGCUGAAUUUCAGUUUGAUCUGAUUCUCAACUUUGCCACCAGGGGGCCAAAAGUGGAAAUCUAAAAAGUGUGAUAUCUCGCUUAUAAGUGACUUGUUUUCGAUAAAAUUUUUAUGGUAGGUACCCUUAGGAAGAAUACAUCACAUAUCUUACGGGUUUUCAAUUUGACCUACUUUUCAAGGUCACAGAGGUCAUAUGGCGUAAAUUGGCCGUUAGAGUGUAAACUAUAGCACGUUUCUUAACCACUAAAGCUAUGAACUUGAAACUUGGUACAUAUAACCCCCUAUAUCACAUAGCCUCUGGUGCUGAAUUUCAGUUUGAUCUGAUUCUCAACUUUGCCACCAGGGGGCCAAAAGUGGAAAUCUAAAAAGUGUGAUAUCUCGCUUAUAAGUGACUUGUUUUCGAUAAAAUUUUUAUGGUAGGUACCCUUAGGAAGAAUACAUCACAUAUCUUACGGGUUUUCAAUUUGACCUACUUUUCAAGGUCACAGAGGUCAUAUGGCGUAAAUUGGCCGUAAGAGUGUAAACUAUGGCACGUUUCUUAACCAGUAAAGCUAUGAACUUGAAACUUGGUGCAUAUAACCCCCUACAUCAGAUAACCUCUGAUGCCAAAUUUUGGCUCUAUCCGAUUCUUUAUUCGGCCACCAGGGGGCCAUAAUGGAAAAAGUAAGAAGUGCAAUAUCUUGCUUAUUUUUAGUGAUUCGUUUUCAAUAACAUUUUUAUGGUAGGUUCUCCUAGCAAGGAUACAUCACAUAUCAUAUGAGUUUUUGAUCUGACCUGCUUUUCAAGGUCACAGAGGUCAAAUGGCGUAAAUUUGUCGUUUGAUUGUAACUAUGGCACGUUUCUUAACCACUAAAGCUUUGAACUUGAAAUUUGAUACACAUGACUCCCUACGUCAUGUAACCUCGGACACCGAAUUUCGAUCUGAUCUGGUACUCAACUCAGCCACCAGGAGGCCAAAACUAAAAUAGGUAAAAAGUGCAAUAUCUCGUUUAUUAUUGACUUGUUUUUGAUGAUAUUCUUAUGGUACUUACUCCAAGCAACGAUACAUCACAUGUCAUACCGACUUUGGUUUGACCUAUAUACUAUACCUGUACAAUGUUUCUUAAUCUGGAUGAAUUACAAAGCACCAAAUAUCUAUACGGUGAGCACAAUGGCCCCUGGCCGUUUCAUUAUUUUGCAUGGUUCCACUGUACAAUUUAAACAGAUAACAUUCCAGUCUAUAAGGCAUUUUCAUCUUCUGUUAUUGAAGACUGUUUACCAUGGCAACUGAAUAUGUUAAUGCUGUUUUGGAAAGUCUUCUCAUCCUUUAGUUGUGACUAAAGCAACUGAGCUGUUAAGAUAAGUUCCAUUUGUCCAUUCAAAACAUUCCUACUCUGUUUUUCGUCAACAAGAAUAUAACAUGUUGGCCUCUUUAAUUAAUGAAAAGCAAACAUCUUUCAAACGUCCAUGGAUCACUUUUAUAAAUUGUGUGAUUUUUGAAUGUUUAUCCAAACUUCAUGCUGCAUUUGAUAUCCACAAAAAUAAAUAUAAAAUUUUUAUAUGAAA